AUGCCCGCCACUGCGCCACUGGCCGACGCGCUGCCCCCUGGCGGACUAGCGCCGCACGACGGGACUUCGCUGCGUGCACGCUCUCCCGUUCGCCGUUUACGCGCGCCAACUUCGCGCACGGAGUUGACAGUGGCGGUUGAAAGGCGGCUUUCGCCGGUAACGUACUGGUGUGCGGCGGGAGUGCGUGUGUUUCAUUUGUUUUGUUUCACUCCGCCGUGUGGUGACAACGCCCGGUGGGGCCGCGGUGGUGGUGCGGAGGAAUCGAUACCGCGGUGGGAGCGGCGAAGG